ACGUCGCGCCCUCGCUCAACUCGGGUGCAAUCGGGCUGGCAAUGACGCUGCCGCUGUUUCUGGUGCCGUGCGGGCGCUCGCUGCCCGCGUCGCUGCGGCGCAGGGUGGGCGCGACGCGCUGCACGAGCGCCGCGGCGGCAGCUUACGACAGCGUCCCAAAGGGUCUCGGGGCGGCGCCGCCGCCGCGCUGCAUCCUCGAUUGGGACGCGGUCAAGGCGAACUUUAAGUGGGAGAUCCUCUUCAUAUUCGGCGGGGGGUACAUGGUCGCGCAUGGCACUGUGCGCUGCGGCUUAGCCGGUGUGAUCGCUGACUGCCUGUGUAGUCUCGGCCUUGGCCACGCGGCGCUGCUCUUUGUCAUCACGCUGGUCGUCUGCUUCGUCACUGAGGUGGUGUCCAACAUGGCCACCGCAGCCAUCUUUGGACCGAUUGUGGUGGCAGCCGCUGCGAAGGCGGGAUUCUCACCUGUGGUCAUGCUGCUCUGCGUGGCGCUGUCGUCGUCGUUUGCCUUCAUGCUCCCGAUGGCGGGCGGGCCCAAUAUGACCGUCUUCUCCACCGGCCGAGUCUCCAUCCGCUUCAUGGCCGCGCAGGGUGUGGGGCUCAACUUGGUCGCCGUCUGCCUCGGCUGGAUGUACUUCUACUACGUCAUGCCCGCUCUGCUUGGCUCGGCAUACACUGAGCUCAGCCUCGGAUUCACCAGCACAGCGUGACUAAAUCUUGCUUACCUGACCGAAGAAUCUGGGGCACAUCUCCACACGGAGGGCACACAUACACGUAUGUGCACCACAAAACGAGAAAAAAGAAAAAGAAA